UUUUUGUUUUCUCUGCUUGUUUUGGCCAAAGUUUUUUCUGUCGUCUUCUGAAAAAGGUCCAAAAGACAAGGAUCUGCUGUGGCUUUCCCUCUUUGAAUGAAGGGUUGCUGACAAUCGAACUGAAAGAUGGCGGUGGUUCAAGUUAUUCUCGCGUGCGUCGGUUUUCUUGUUUGCUGCGCCAGUUUGUCUGUCGGCACACGAGUGCGCCUGGAAGCUGACCAGCUACUGGCUAGGGAAAUGUUGGACUGGAAAGUCAUUGGACAGGCCAAGCCACACGAGCAGCACCAGCUGGUAUUCGCCCUGCGCCAGAGUAACAUCGAGCAUCUUGAGAAGAAAUUGAUGGCCGUGUCCACGCCAGGAAAUCCCGAGUACGGACGAUUUCUACGCGCCGAGCAGGUGAACGAUUUGGUCCGUCCGCGCAAGGAGUCCCUGCGAGCCGUCGAGCGAUGGCUGACCAGUGCUGACGUAUCCGCGAGCAAGUCCUGCCGGUACACGGCGGCGCAGGAGUUCCUGCACUGUGACGUCAGCGUGGCCGAGGCCAGCAGGCUGCUGGAGGUGAGGUUCGAGCGGUACCAGAAGGGCGCGCUGACGGUGCUGCGCGCCGCCGAACACUACACGGUGCCGGCGGAGGCGGCGGAGCACGUGGACUUUGUCGGCGGAGCGCACCGCUUGCCCGUGGAGCACGGCGGCAUCAAAAUGCCGAAGAAGACGUCGCAGCAGAACGGCGGCGGCGGACCGCCCAAGCAGAUGCCGAUGAAGCCAAGCAUUCUGCGCGAGUACUACGAGGUGCGGGACGAGGUCGGCGCGGGCAUGGCCAGCCGCAACAUCCAGGGCGUGUCGCAGUUCGCGCAGCAGUACUACAGCGUCAGCGAUCUGGGCAAGUUCAUGAGCGAGUUCAACGGCAACGUGACGUCCUUGGCGAACGUCAGCAAGCAGAUUGGCGAGAACCCCGGACCUUCCACGGAGGAGGCUAGCAUGGACAUCCAAUACUUGAUGUCGCUUGGUUCCAACAUCCCCACCUGGUCCUACUACACGACUGGAGAUCUCGAUUGCUACCUGAGCUGGAUCAUGACCGUGGCCAACAUGUCCACCAUCCCGAACGUGUUCAGCGUCAGCUACGGCAACUGCGAGGUCGAGUUCAGCCAGACGUACCUGCAGCGCAUGAACGUCGAGUUUGCGAAGGUGGGCGUGCGCGGCACUACGCUGCUGUUCGCGAGCGGAGACAGCGGUGGCGGCUGCAAUGGCACCCAGGACUGCCCCACGUUCCCGGCGUCGAGCCCCUACGUCACCUCUGUCGGCGCCACCAGUAUUGGCGAGCCGGGAAACAUGAACCAGAGCGCCCCUGAGGUCAGCAUCUGGUUCUCGGGCGGCGGCUUCUCGCGCUCGUUCCCGCGCCCCUCGUACCAGGACGCCGUCGUCGAGAAGUUCCUACGGACGGCCGAGCGCCUGCCGAGCGCUGACUACUUCAACCGGAGCAACCGUGCGUUCCCAGAUGUCGCCGCGAUCGGCGCCGAUUUCAAUCUGGUGAGUGGCGGUGACGUGUUGACCAUGUGGGGUACGUCGUGUUCCGUGCCCACGUUCGCCGGUAUCAUAUCGCUCGUCAACGAUCGGCUGGUCAACGAACACUCGGCGACGCCGCUCGGCUUUCUCAACCCGCUGCUCUACCAGGAGGGCGGCAUCGGGGCCACUGCUCUCACCGAUAUCCUCGCCGGAUACACGGCCGGAUGCAACAUGCAGCCGGCCUUCUACGCCCAGCGCGGCUGGGACCCGACCACCGGCUUCGGCUCUCCAAGGUUUCCCGCGCUUCUGGCCGCCGCGCUCAAAGCCAAGGGCAUUCAUUAACCAUUAUAUUUCGGGAGUGCGCCGAGGACAUACCGGCAGGGAACAUUCUGUGCACAUGGCGUGAGGUUAGUGCUAGUAGUCUUUCGUCCGUUGCCAGGCAUACUUCCCGCGAGGGAUUGAUUUAGGUACUGUACCUGUUCAUUUCAGUGUCCAGCUUGAAAGCUAUAUGCAGUGCGUGCGUUUCUUUGCAUUCCUAUUUUUCUUUGAAGCCCGGCCAAUGGCGCGUCGCAGCUUUUCCGCAGUGAUCAUCAUCUGAAUUCUGUUUUCAUGGCGAUGUUUGUUCUUGGUUUCGGCUCCGCUUGCCGCGCCGCCACCGAGACUGGUCGGCGCCAGCUUUUCAAUUCUGCUCUAUUCCCGUUCCAAAUCAGAAUCUGUCCUAUUCGGGUAUUGUCCCUACACGAGUACAUACUACUUGACGUCGAGCAAUUAUUUCACGUCUUUCCUCUAUGACUAUCUUGUACAUGCAUGUCUGUACGUGUACAUGUAUUUGACAGUUUUUGUUUGUUGUGUCUUUUCCUCUCUAUCGUGUGGUUGUGUGCAUACCCUGUAUGUACGCUGUACAUCAUCUAACCGUUCUAGGUCAUCCCGGUGUUAUAUUGUACAGUGCUGUACAUGUAUGUACAUGUAUGUGCGUUGUACAUCUAGGUCUUUCCUGUGUUGUGUAGUCCAUGUAUGUGCAUUGUACAUUAUCAUGUAUGCGCAUUGUGCAUAAUAUGUACAUGUGUGCGCAUUGUACAUCUAGGCCUUUCCUGUGUUGUACAAUCCAUGUACAUGUAUGUCCAUUGUCCAUUCUUCUGUAUGCGCAUUGUACACCUAGUGCUGCUUAGGGCUGCCGCAAAUAACUAUCUUCCACCGAGACCUAGUACCUGCUGCUGCACAAGUACUGUACGUGAACAAAUAUAUCUAUCCUGCAAUCGA